CGGCAUCCAGUCGGGUGACGGGGCCGGCAGGGGAUCGGCGAUCAGCGGGAGGGCCAGGACCUGCGGUGAGACGACACCUGGAGACGCGGGCACGUCGGAGGAAGCAACUUCAGCAGUGGCCCUGUUGCUUUAUAACUGCAGUGGUUCAUCCAGCUACAGGUCGAGGGGUUUCGUCGACCGGACGAUCGAUUAGCUGAGAAGUCCUCUCUUCCGUCGAUAAUCAUCGACGACAAUCAAAGAAUUCAGGGGCUUUGAUCUGAUCCUUGUCAUACAAGAUAGCUCUCAGUGUUCUUCAAGAGUGAAGCGCUUCCAUGGUGCCGUCUCGGUGACGGCGGUGGUGUCGGGUCCUCAGCGGCACGUGGUGUGUAGGUUUUUGCGAUCGACGUCUUGAGCAGGAGCUCGGCACAGCUGAUAUGGGCUGUGGCGGGUCCAAGGCGGUCGCCGCCGUACAGCCGCUCACCGAUGAAGUUCUUGAGGUCACAAAGUUCGACCAGCAUAAAGAAAACGGUCACACGCCGGGGGAGAAUGGCACCGUGGAGAACGGGUUUGCGGACGGCUCGGGCCGCGUGCCGGCCAGCGGCCAGUCGGCCGACCAGCCGGACUCCUCGAGCACGGUGGUGAAGCCGGAGAGCCCGGCCGUGCCGCUGGUCCAGGCGCCGGCCGAACUGCAGCCCGUCAAACUGCAGGCCAAUGGUUCGUCAGCAGUGGCAUUUGAAAUACCGUUGGAGCCGGGCGAGAGUCUCAUACAGCGACACCCACCGAAGCGGUUCACGCGGCUGGAGGACAAUCAGCUGACGCUGGAGACCUUCCAAGGAAAACACGCCGGCGCCGCCGAACGACGAAACCAGCUGCUCAACAAGCGCGUGCAGAGCGCGCGCGUGCGAAACCUGCGCAGCGCCGGCCGCGCCAAGUCCAGGACCACCAUGCGGUCGGAUGACGAGCCGGUGAGAGACGAUGAGAAGAUCGAGGGCGGUGUGGAAGACCGCGAACAGAGCUCCGAAAUGGUGGCAUAAAUCGCCCUCCACACAGACAAUUGUAUGGAGGGCUGCUCCACACCAAACGGAGGGCUGCUGUCCACUCCGUCGCUGAAAGCCAUCAGGCGCGCUCUAAUAGCGAAGAAAUACUCCGUACAGCAUACGUACUGCUCCCGCACAAGCGAUGAACUCAUCCGUCCCUAUGGCCAGACUGGGCCGCAUCACUCCAGUGGCGUCGCUCGGGGUCGCGUGCAGUGCUGAACUGCUACUGAACUGACAUCGAGACUGAGCAGCUUGCGUGACCUCCACCGCUCCCCUGUCCAAUGUAGUAAUACUGGACACGGGACAUCUGGACAAAUCACACGGGAUGUGAGAAUUUCGUGAUUACAAGAAGUGAACGAUAACGAACUUGCUGAUCCUGGAAGCGGAACGGCAACUGAGGUACUGUGUGUACGGACAUCGAUGUGAAGAUAAUCUGCAGCAGCACAAUCGGUAUCCGCUGUUUGGUGGGACGACUGUUUGUUAGUAAGAAUGUGGUUCCUUCCGUGGUUUAUGCAGGGUUCAUGUCUGUGGAGGUUUUGGGCACUGCUGCAAGGUGUGAGAAACACGGUGAAGCUAUCAACAUGAUCGUUAAUGGCGAGAUUUGUAUUAUAUUUUUUCUUUCCUCCCAUGUCUUGCAAUUUUGCGUAGCUGUUACAAUCACUAACUAAUGCAAUAUGCAUCGAUGCGCCUUUAAGCUUCCCCGGUAUCGUCGCGAAUAGUUUCAAAACGGUGCAUAGCGAUAGCCAGAACAUCAACAAGUUUAGCUGAAGAAGAGGGAGGAGCGCAGGCCUAAAACAAUUAAACGCCAAACGGCGAUGACACGUAGUAAACAAGGGCAUUCUGCAAGAGCCGGCUACACCAACUGAAUUUUUGCAAUUGAUCACGUGUAUACUAACAUUGCACUCAGGAUGCAGGUCAUUGUUCAUCGAAUGUAUAUUUUCCAAUACACUGGUUGGUCCAUGA